AUGAUGCUCUCCAGGAAACACAUUCAAGCACUUAUUCUAUUAAAUUCUCUCUUCAUUCAUCCAACGAUCGCAGUGCCCCCGGAUUUGGAUCCCCUAAGUUUCGUCGACCAGCUCAUAGGCACAGUCAAUGGUGGAAAUGUUUUCGCCGGGGCGACUCUUCCAUAUGGAAUGGCAAAAGCUGUCGCUGACGUGGACGGCCAAAAGACAGCUGGGUUUUCAACUGAUGGCAGCAAAGUAACUGGAUUCUCGCACAUGCAUGAUUCCGGCACGGGCGGGAAUCCAUCUCUUGGAAACUUUCCUCUCUUCCCGCAGCAGUGCUCCGGCGAUGAUAUUAAUAAUUGCAAGUUCCCCAAGGAGAUAAGGGCUAUUCACUACGCGCAGGACUCUGUAAAAACCAGCCCUGGAUACUUUGCGCUGAAUCUCGUCAAUGGCAUUGAGGCGGAAAUGACGGUUACCGAGCAUGCUGCUUUGUAUAGUUUUACGUUUCCGGAAUUGAAACAAGAUGAAAGUCCUGUCGUACUUCUGGAUCUGACUGAUUUGAAUGAUAGCAGGCAAAAUGCCUCCGUUAGCAUUGAUGACAGUGGAAGGAUCAAAGCAAAUGGGACCUUUUUACCUAGCUUUGGAAGCGGAUCAUUUGUGUCCCACGUCUGUGUUGACUUCGCCGGUGCUGAUAUUCUUGAUACGGGCAUCUUUAUUGAUAACCGGGCCGGGACAUAUCCCAAGUCAUUAUUUGUCACCCGCGGUAUUAAUCUAUAUUAUAUCCAAGCCGGUACGUUUGUGAGGUUUAGAGCCUCUAACAGCACCAAGGUAUCCGCUCGAGUGGGAGUUAGCUUUAUAAGCGCCGAUCAAGCUUGUCAAAAUGCAAUGAACGAGAUACCCGGGUCUCAAUGGGAUUUCCACGGCCUUGAAACGCGUGCAGAAAAUACCUGGAGGUCUAAGCUUAAUGGCAUCAGAGUGAAUCCUGGUGGAGCUGGUGAGGAUUUACAGCGUACCUUCUGGAGCGCAAUCUAUAGGACGAUGAUAUCUCCUCAAGAUUACUCCGGUGAAAACCCUUUGUGGGAGAGCGAGGAACCUUACUUUGACUCAUUCUAUUGCAUGUGGGAUUCAUUCCGAUCCCAGCUCCCACUACUCGCUAUUUUUGACCCCGGUGCACUGGCGAGGAUGAUACGCAGUUUGCUCGACACGUACAAAUAUGAAGGCUGGCUGCCUGAUUGCCGUAUGAGCUUGUCCAAAGGAUUCACUCAAGGCGGAUCAAGUGCUGAUGUUGUGAUAACUGAUGCUUACUUAAAAAAUGUGAGCGAAGGCAUUGAUUGGGAUUUGGCUUAUGAAGCGGUUGUCAAGGAUGCUGAAAAGGAGCCUGCUGACUGGUCUAACCAAGGUCGAGGAGGGAUGGUAAGCUGGAAGUCUUUAAAUUAUAUCCCAGCGUUGGAUUUCGACUACCUUGGGUUCGGAACCAACUCAAGAAGCAUCUCCCGGACUCUGGAAUACUCUUACAAUGAUUAUUGUAUUGCCACUCUAUCCAAAAGUCUUGGGAAAAGCGAGCAAGAUUACGAGAAAUAUAUGAAAAGUUCCGAUAAUUGGCGAAAUUUGUUUAAACAUGACCAGUCUUCGUUUAUAAAUGGCGAAGACACAGGCUUCGUUGGGUUCCUGCAGCCAAAAUAUUUGAACGGGACAUGGGGCUAUCAAGAUCCUAUUCUCUGCAGCUCCCUUGAUGAAUUCUGCUCGUUAACGUCAAAUCGACAGGAAACAUUUGAAGCCAGUAUCUGGGAUUACCAGUUUUUCGUUCCACACAAUAUCCCUGCGCUCAUCCGACUUUUUGGAGGUGUUGAUAAUUUCAUAAAACGCCUUGAUUUCCUUCACAAUGCGGGCAUCCUCGAUAUCGGUAACGAGCCAUCCUUCCUAAACACAUUCCUCUACCACUACGCCAGGCGGCCUGGCCUGUCGGCCAAAAGAGUACAUUCAUAUAUUCCGUCCCGUUUCAAUAGCUCGAGAAGCGGCCUUCCGGGGAAUGAUGACUCCGGCGCGAUGGGCGGCUUCACCGUCUUCACGAUGAUGGGUUUAUUCCCUAACCCAGGUCAGAACAUCUACUUCAUCAUGCCCCCGUCUUUCGAGUCAAUAAGCAUCACCCACCCUCUCACAAACAAAACCUCAACAGUAAGAAACAUCAACUUCGACCCGGCUUAUAAAAAUAUUUAUAUCCAGAACGCGACGUUGAAUGGGGAGCCGUACAGCAGGAAUUGGAUUGGACAUGAGUUCUUCCUUGAGGGCAUGACGUUGGAGCUGACGCUCGGAGAGGUGGAGAGCGAGUGGGGAACCAAGCCCGGGGAUGUUCCGCCCAGCGCGGGGGUGGAGACGAUGACGUUCAGUGGGCAGCCCAACAAUGUAGAGGCGAUCGUCUAA